ACAACCAAGUACGUAUUUUGAUCAUUGGUCGUAUAGAACGCGCACUAGAAAUGACAUUUUCCAAUUAUAGAAUGAUAAAAAUCGCACACGUAUACUAAACGUUGGAACCCGUGGGAAUGAGAAAUUGAUAGAUUGAAAAAAUUCUAUUUAAAAUCCGUAAAAUAUUGAAACGGUUGUGAAGUUGAUAGAUGAUUCAGACGCAUGCGAUCUAGGAUACAACAUGUAAGCAUGACGUCAUUUGCAAAGUGUCCGUGAGAGAGCAGAGUAGGGGAAAUUCGAUGGACACGUGUGUGCAAGUAUAGGUGGUGUUCGGUGGCCGUGGCAGUGUAGAGUCGACUGAGUGUUCGCGCGAGUGUGUGUCAGUCGUGAAGGCGCCGUUGUGUGCGUAUGACUGCGGGUUCAGAGAUAACACGAGUGAAUUUGUUGAAGCAAGGGUGGUGCUGUGUGUAGUCGGACUGAAAUUACUGCAGCCCAUGUGCUCUGCUUGUUAAGAUGCUAAUCAAAGAGUUCCGCGUCACUUUGCCUCUUACAGUGCAAGAGUACCAAGUGGCUCAACUGUAUUCUGUGGCAGAGGCGAGCAAAAAUAAUACAGGGGGUGGAGAGGGCAUAGAGGUGCUAAAAAAUGAGCCAUUCACAAAUUAUCCUUUGCUCGGUGGAAAAUAUUCUUCGGGUCAAUACACGUACAAGAUCUAUCACUUAGCUAGUAAAGUGCCUGCUUUCAUUCGUAUUCUGUUGCCAAAGGAUUCAUUGGAAAUUCAUGAGGAAGCUUGGAAUGCUUAUCCCUAUUGCAAAACUGUUAUAACUAAUCCCGGAUAUAUGAGAGAGAAUUUUGUAAUUAUGAUUGAAUCGUUUCACAUCGACGACGGUGGGAAUCAACAUAACGUUCACGAAUUACCUCCCGAUAAAUUAAAGAUAAGGGAAGUGGUGCAUAUAGAUAUCGCUAAUGAUCCCAUUGCAAAUGCUGAUUACAAAGAAGACGAGGAUCCUACCAAAUUCAAGUCUGUGAAAACAGGUCGGGGUCCCCUAGUUGGCAAAGACUGGAAAAAUAAUAUUCAACCUGUGAUGACAUGCUAUAAGCUAGUCACUUGUGAAUUUAAAUGGUUUGGUCUACAAACUCGAGUCGAGAGUUUCAUUCAGAAAGCUGAGAGACGUCUGUUUACUAAUUUUCAUAGGCAAGUGUUUUGUUGGAUAGACCGUUGGUAUGGUUUAACCAUGGAAGAUAUUAGAGCAAUCGAAGAGCGUACAAAAGAAGAAUUAGAUAGGCAAAGACAUCAAGGAGAAGUAAAAGGUAUGCGAGCCGACGAUUGAAGCUUUGGCAGCUUCUAUUACGAAUAAUUAAAUCAAUUUCCUUAUAUUUCUCGGAUACUUGCGCAUACCCAUAAAAAUACAUUCAUAUAUGUUUUCUCAAGAACGAUCCUGCAGGGUCGGGACAAUUUCCAGAAUUUACGUGUUUAGAUUCAGUGUCUAUUAAAACUACCUAUGAUUUUAAUUUAUUUACAUUUUCAAGCGUUUUAGAUAAAUGUACUUACAGUCAAAGAUUAUAACAUAGCCAAUAAUGUGAAAGGGAACUGGUACAAAUCAGUUCAAUCUAUACAAUGUGUAAAAUAUUCGAGAAAAGAAUACUGUUCGAUAAAAAAUAAUAUAGGUGGAAAAACAUUAAUUAUUAUAAUAUCUAGUACUAUAGUAGUUCGGUACUAAAAAACUAAUAGACAAGCAAUUGAAAUUGCCGUUGGCUACAGAACACAAAGAAAAGUACUUGACACGAGAGUUACAAGUUCGUUCAUGGUUUGCUAACAAACAAUUUAUGGUUUAUGUCGUAGAUCUACGGUGUUAAGGUUGAAAACGAAAACAUGGUCACAUUUUAUGUAAUUUCUCCUUAUCUAAUGAACACGGUUAGUGCGGCGUAAUCUGAAAUUCUUUUAGCCUUAUACGAUGUGUACAAUAAUCAGAAAAAUUAAAGAAAGGUAUUUUAGCAGCUCUACAAACUAAAAAUAAUUUGAUGGCAAUUUGCUAGCGUUCAAUGUUACCGUCAGAUUAGAUAAAACUACAAGUGGUCAGUAGGUUAUAGAGAUUAUACUUCUUUUUGCGUUUUGUAUUUUCCAUUUUGAAAUUAAAGAAGAUAAAAUGUGCAGUCGUAUUAGGACCAAACUGAUGGGAGUAUUUGAUUAAUCUGCAAUUAUAAGUGUUAUAUUUGCAUCAGUUGUUUGUGGAAAGUAUGAGCAUAUAUAUAUAUAUACAAAGUAACAAACAAACAAACAAACAAACAAACAAACAAACACACACACACACACACACACAUACACACACACAUAUAGACA